AUGUCAUGUCCAAAACCAGGAAGACACAAUAAGAUAGAAAAGAAGGAAGAAAACAACAGGUACAGGCAGUCAACGACAGCAACUGCACUCAUUAGGAACAGAAAACGAUCAAGAGAAAAUAUGUCAUCAAGAUACAGAGUAGAAUAUCAUUUGAAAUCUCACAGGAAGGAUGAAUUCAUUGACUGGAUAAAGGGACUCCUUGCCGCUCCUUUCGUCUUGCAUGCAAUUUCCAACAUCUCAUCACAGGAUGAUAAUGAUGAUGAUUUAGUUACUACACAAAGAGUUAAAUCACAAUAUGCAGAUAUCUUUAAAGAUAUUGAACGAUUGAUUCAAAAUAAGAUUGAAUUCGAUCAAGCUUUCCAAAAUGAAUUGGAAAAUACAAACAACGACGAGGAGGAAAAUGCAAACAAUGAUGACAGUGACGCUGAGAGAGGUGAUGUGGAAACGAAAAAAACAUACGCAAUAAUGGGUAAAUCAAGAUUGAAUCUUUUAGUCCCAUCAAUUGGAACAUUCUUCACGGAGUUACCCCUAGAAGAGGCAUUCCUUUCUGAUGAUUAUAGGAAAAGAAUCUCAGCAAGAAGGAUGGUUGCCCCCAGUUUCAAUGACAUUAGAAAUAUAUUGAAUACAGCACAAAUCUUACAUUUCAUUAAACAAAGAAAGAUUAAAAAUGGUAAUAGAUUGAAAUUGGUAACUUUUGAUGGUGAUGUCACUUUGUAUGAAGAUGGUGGGUCUUUGUUCGAUACAAACCCCGUUAUACCUUACAUUUUGAAAUUAUUGAAAUGUGACAUUAGAGUCGGGAUCGUCACUGCUGCUGGUUAUGAUGAUGCUUCCACUUAUGAAAGAAGAUUGAAAGGGUUAAUUAAUGCAUUACAUAAUUCUGAAUCAUUAACUGUAAAACAAAAGAGUAACUUGACUAUCAUGGGUGGUGAAUCAAAUUAUCUUUUCCGUUAUUAUGAAAAUGAAGAUCAAAGUGAUUCAUUCGGUUUCAUAGCUAUUGAAAAGGAAGAAUGGAUGUUACCUGUAAUGGAAGAUUGGUCUCAAAAAAAUAUUGAAAUGACUUUAGAUUUCGCUGAACGAACUCUAACUAAUUUGAAAAGAAGAUUAAACAUCCCGAAAGAAGUACCUAUCAUAAGAAAGAAACGUGCCGUGGGGAUUGUACCAGGUAGAAGAUAUGAUGAACGUUUACAAUCUAAUGUUCCUGUGAAAUUAGCAAGGGAACAAUUAGAAGAAAUUGUGUUAACUUUACAAAAUAAUUUAGAAAGUUUCCCACCUAGUAAUCAUAUUCAAUUUAGUUGCUUCGAUGGUGGUAGUGACGUUUGGUGUGAUAUUGGUGGGAAAAAUUUAGGUAUUACAACUCUUCAACAUUAUUAUGAUCCAACAAAUCCAAUUAAACCUCGUGAAACAUUACAUGUAGGUGACCAAUUUGCUCCAAUGGGAUCGGCAAAUGACUUUAAAGCUAGAUUAGCAGGAUGUACUUUAUGGAUUGCAUCCCCUCAAGAAACAGUUGAUAUUUUACAUAGAUUAAUUGAAUCAUAA